CGCUGACGAAGUUUCGAUAAAAUGGUGGAAGGUUCGGGACAGUCACCCGGACAUAACAGAUUUACACCAAGUUUCUGUGCAUUUCGGCAGCCGGCAAGGUCGAUGUCCAUCAUCCCCGCCCCAGGUCCUCCAGCUAAAAUCCAUUACAUAUCCACCCAGAAGCUGCUGCUGCACUACAACACCGUCAUCAGCGGAUCAAUCACAUCUGCCCGGCGCCCUCUUAUAAGCUCACAGCCGUCCACUUACAUCACCUAGAAACGACCUUUUUAUCCGUCCAUCUCUUUUGCCCAGUCCAGUGACAUCUUCUCGCUCGCCUCAAAGGCUUCGAUUAAACAUCGCGACAACAGUCCGAGAGAGUAUCAUCACCAAAACAAUGUCGGGACCCAAGUACACGCCUGCUCCGCAGGAGGACCCCGAUGCCCACCUUUACUACCCGCAGCCUCCUCCGUCGUACCAAGCAACAGCCGAGAGCAGCGCAGCCAACGCCGUCCUCGGUGAUCAGGCUCGCCUUUUCUCUGGUGCUCCGCGCAGCAGUCAGGACGAUGAUCACGAUAUUCCCGAUGACUUCAAGUUCGGUGGCUCCGUCGCCGAAGCCACGGUUGAAAUUCGCCACCAAUUUAUCCGCAAGGUCUAUACCAUUCUGACGGUCCAGCUCAUCGCCACGGGCGCCGUGAGUGCGCUCAGCUUCCUCAGCGAUGGUUAUAGGAACUGGAUCCAGUCUCAUCCCGCCAUGAUUUGGGUUUCUUUCGCCGGCGCUCUCGUCUUCAUGCUCCUAACCUUCUGGAAGCGUCAAUCAUACCCCACUAACUUGUUGUUCCUCUCCGGCUUCACGUUGUUGGAAGCCUACACAAUCUCCGUGUGCGUCUCCUUCUUUGAUUCGACCACAGUGCUACUCGCAGUCGUCAUCACCGCCGGCAUCUUCGUCUUCCUCACGGCUUUCGCCUGCCAAACCAAGUACGACUUCACCUCCUGGAUUCCGUACCUCGGCGGCGCCCUUUGGGGUCUGAUUAUCACGGGCUUUAUCUACGUUUUUCUGCCGCACACGAGCACCUCGGAGCUGGUGUAUGGUGGUGUCGCCGCGCUGGUGUUUUCGGGGUAUAUUCUGGUUGAUACCCAGCUGGUAAUGCGCAAGUACCAUGUGGAGGAGGAGAUUGCGGCAGCGAUUAGUUUGUAUCUGGAUAUCCUGAAUCUGUUUCUGGCUAUUUUGAGAAUUUUGAACAGUCAGUCGGAUAACUAGGAAGAAGACGGGUACGAGACGGAUUCAAGCUGAUGGGUUUGUAAACAUUUCAGUGGGAAGGGUUGUAAACGGAUGGUAAUGGGAAAUGGGAUCACAUGCGGGGAUAGGGCUCGUUGGAUUUCGGUUUUCGAUUGAUUGCGCUUCAAAUUGGUCUCUACCUGGUAAAAUGGGUUUGCAACUGUAUGGUUAGCUUUAAAGCUAGAAAUGUUCGACCAAAAAGCAACACAAACCAUCAACGGGGAGGACUUGCCUCUUUAUAUCGUCUAUGGAAUUAUAAAAAAAAAAAAACAGCGUUUCCGACCUAAUAUGAUAUUAUCAC